UAAAAGAUUGCUUCUGAGGCUCAACACAAACAGCAAAAACAUUUCUGAAGUCAUUGCAGAGAAGGCUGAGGUAUUUCUCAAAAUGAAGACUGUCCUUGUAUUCAUAGCCCUGCUUGUGGCUGUUCAAAGCAACAAGCUAGUUCCCAAGACAGUGGCAAAAGUGAAAGAUGAAUGUUCCCAGACCAUUGUGGUUGGAAAGGGUACAUACACUUUUUAUAAGUGUCCAAAGGAUUACUAUGCAGCUGUGGAAAUAUGCAAAUCCGAACAUGUCAAGGGUAACUUGCUGUCUAUCCACACCCAUGAACUGCAUGUGAAUAUUAUUAACGAAUUGAAGCAGCUCAAUAACAUUGAGCAUGAAGUCUGGAUUGGGGCCACAAAAGGCAGAUUUAGUACCACUUUCUACUGGACAGAUGGAAGCAAAAUGAACUAUAAAUACUGGGCCCGUGGUUCCCCUUCUAAGAACUUGCAAAGCUGGUUUUCUCCAGCUUGUGUAGUGAUGGAAACAAAAGAACCAGGCUACUGGCAUGAUGUGGACUGCUACAAGCUCAGACCUUUCGUCUGUGAAACCGAAUGAGGAAGGAGUGAAUAACCUGCAUCUGUCUCUGCUUUGUGUCACAUGCCUGAUUUAUUAUUGUUAACGCUGGGUGGGGUAGCUGACUGGCGCUCAGAGGAUCUGAUCCAUUUUAUUGUAAAUGAUAUUUCUCACAUUGUUAUCAAAGAAGGGCUGGUGUGUACUUGACUUGGAAGAGCAAAGUUUGUUAUUAGUUUGUUGUCUUUCUUAAACCAUAAAAGAUUUAUCUCAAAGAAUUUAUGAAUCAAAAACAAAUCAGCUUCUUCUUAAAAGUGAUGACAUUCAUAAUCUAUUAACAGCCUCUUUUUCUGUCUCAGAGAAAGAUUCUCUUAUGAGGCCACCUAUUUUGCUGAUUAUUAGGUUUUGGUCUGUACAUUUUGAAGAUGUUAUGUGCUAGAUAUUUUCAUUUUUCUGCAAUGAAUAGUGAUUGAUAUGUAAUAAUAUGUAACAAAAUUUAACAUUACAAAAUACUUAAAAAUUC